UUUAUAGCAAGUCGAUUGUUAAGUUUAAUUUUAUCAAAAUUAGCGUACAUAUGAAAAUAAAAUAUUUAUAUAGCACAGAUAUACAAUAAUACAUACGGUGCUCCUCGCACACUGGCUAAGCACACAAUACGCAACAAUAUCUUUCAGUUUUUUCGUCAAAAAAUGUGAGAAACAACGCGCGCGAAAUACUUUCGAAAGUUUCAAUUCGGUGCGAUCGUCGCGCCGCGCACGUCGACUUCGACUCGGACCGAGGAGUCGACAAGUUCGCGACUUGGAGCGGGAGGUUACGCGCGACGUCGUCUCGAUGCCUCGACAAGUAUCGCCGGCGGCCGUAAUAGCCACCGUGGCUUCCCCCCCCACCCGGGCUGCGAUCGUAGAGAGUGAUAUAGCGAGGUAAUCGAGGUGUCAACGAGGCGAGCCACCGUCGUGGCUAGUGUUUUACGUUUAUGUGACUUGCUCGCCCGACGUAUUCCCCGUAUCGCCCACAUCCCGUUUCUUUUCUCAAAGAGGUUAUCGCGCCGAUUCGGCCCGACGGCGACGCUCUCUCUCUCUUUCGCGCGCGCACGCGAGAGAGAGACGUCCGUCGACAGAAGCAGUGGCAGACUCGGGUAGCGCGACUUUCGUUUCCGCGAUGUUUUGACACGCUUCACCACUUCGUCUCUCUCUCUCUCGCUCUCGCGCCUCUUUUCGCUGUCACCGUUUCUACUGCCGCAGGAUGCUGCGUUACUCCGUCCCUUCGCCGACGAAGGUGUGACCGUCCUCGGGAGCCCGCUCGAGUCCAGUCAACACUGAGGAACAGUAUUAACAGGCGAUAGUCCGUGGUUUGUUAUGCUGCGCUCGUCGUCCUUCUCCUCCUCCUCGUCGUCGUCGUCGCCGUCGUCUCGUGAUAACUAUGAUCCCUGCUGCGAUACUGCGUAACUGCUCAAGAAACAAUUCAAUGCGCACGGGUGAUGAUGUGUAUGCUGUUGAACAACAGUGAGGUGAAUACGCUGUGAUGGGGUGGGUGAUAUCCACCACAACAUGGGUCGUCAUAUGGAGUUGCCUGAUGCGGGGCUUCAACUUAGCUCCUCAGGCAUCUCCGAAGCAAGUGCCGUGCGAUAAGACGAGGAAGGUUUUCACGGACACAUGGGGCGUCAUCAGCGAUGGGCCUCUAGGCUCAAAUUAUACUCAAGACUCUCACUGCGAGUGGCUCAUUAAAGCUAAUCACAGCCGUCAAUUUAUCACGUUAAGUUUUCGCACGAUGGGCACAGAGUGCAGCUACGAUUAUGUAUUCGUUUACGACGGGGACUCCUUUCGUUCACCGCUUCUGGGCAGCUUCAGUGGAAAAACGGAGCCGCAGCAAGUGACAUCAUCGUCUGGUUAUAUGCUGAUAUUGUUGUAUAGCGACACGAAUUACGUACUGGAUGGCUUUCACGCGGAGUUUUCAGUCACGAACUGCCCGAACAAUUGCACCCGCCACGGGAAGUGCAUCAACAAUACGUGCUUCUGCGAGAACGACUGGGGAGGUAAGGAUUGCUCCCGAGCUCUCUGCCCGAACAAUUGCAGCAACGUCGGUGCUUGCGGGGUGAAAAGGUGCGAGUGCAACAACGGAUAUUCCGGGCAAUCUUGCUCGUUGCAUAAAAGUCAUCCUGAGGGGAACCGGUGGCACUGGCUCUCGCAUUCAGAAGGCGGACUGAGACCACGGGCAGCUCACACCGCGGUUUACGUUCACGAGACAGACUCACUUUACGUUUUUGGAGGCUACGAUCUCAAUUAUAUACUCAGCGACUUGGAGGUGUACAGGUUCAGCACCAGUCAGUGGGAAGACGAGUAUGGAAAUGUGAUAGAAGGUGCCGCGUCCGUCGAGUAUCUGGAUCCCAUGUUGAUCGCCACGGAACUGGAACGCAUGGGGUCCGGUGCUAAGGAAAUAUACGGGAUACCGACGUCGUCCCUGAUCUGGAAGGUGCUGUACAGUAUGAGGGAUAACAACACGUUCGGCCGAUUCGACCGCACGAACGCUGAGGGCGGCCAGCACAGAGAGUUCAGGCCCAAAGACAAGGAGAACGAAAGGAGCAGGAGCACCAUCAGGAUCGACAGGAACGACGACUCCCGUAGGAAGCACCCACGAAUCGUAAGGCCGCGAUAUUUGCCGAUGUCGGCGAGAAGAUAUCGCAGAAACUUGGGAGACUUAUAUAGGGAACGUCACGCCGCGGACGUUCAGGCCGACGACGUGAAGUGGGAGGAGCAAGUCGUGGCGGGGCCGGCGGAGGACAACAUCUUCAUGCAGGAGUUCAUGGACCCGAAGUUAACCACGGGCGAGUCGCUGAAGGAGGAAGUCACCGUACCAACGAUCGACGAGAUGCCGAAACCGAGCCCUCGUUAUGGCCACGCUGCCUGUAAAUACCAAGAUGGCUUCGUGGUCUACGGAGGAAAAGUGCAGGACGGCUCCCUGUCGAACGAGCUGUGGCAUUACAACGUGAACAAGCGCGUGUGGACUCUGCGUGCGAAGAAUUCCCCCUUCUAUCCGCCCAGACUCACGAGGCACACCUUAACGUUGGCGAACGAUUACAUCUACCUGUUCGGAGGCAGCACCAUGGACGGUGAAUUCUCAUCGAGCCUUUACAAGAUCAAAUUGCAUUUAUCGGAUCCCACGGCGACUACCGAGAGGUGGACGGAGGUGCGGCCACGAGGCGGCAAGGAGCUGGACGUGCGCGUGGUUGCUCACUCGACCGUUUAUCAUCGCGCCACCAAUUCCCUUCUCGUCUACGGAGGAGUGGUCGCCAGCGUGGCUCGCUUCAGCAAACUGUCGGACCGGAUGUUUGUGUUUCAACUCGACCGGAAGGUCUGGUCUGAGAUUCAUUACCCGAGGGCCCACCUGCGAGACACCUAUGUACCAAGAGAACGCGCGUUUCACACAUGCAACAUCAUAGGGAAUUAUCUGGUGGUGUUCGGCGGAUAUUCUCACAGGCACAACAAGGAAGAGAUCUGUUACGACAAUCAGAUGUAUCUUUAUCAUCUUGGCUGUCACGCUUGGGUGAGUCACGACGUCUUGGGAACGUCGGGAGGUCCCUUGAACGAUAAAGACUCUCGUUACCCGAAGCAACAAGGAGUAUUCGCGCACGCGGCGGACGUGCGUAACGGAAACACCCUGCUGCUCGUCGGCGGAUAUCACGGCAACGUGAACGCGGACCUCCUCGCGUACACUUUACCGCCUAUGCUCGCACCCGGUGACGAGGACUACAUCGAGCCGGAGCAAAUCUGCUCGAGGCACAAGAGUCUGAUGGAGUGCGCGGCGAAUCCCGAGUGCGGCUGGUGUUCCGCGGACGAGAUAUGCUACGGUCGUACGAUAGGCAGCAACUGCACGACGAAUCUGCAGACGACGCGGUGCCCGGGUGUCUGUCCCGCUCUGGGCGACUGUCACUCUUGUCUGAUACACGGCCAGCCGGGCGGCGGUUGGGGCACGAACUUCCGUGGCCGGAAGUCCGUGUCGAACAAGCUGAAUCUUGGCACUUGCACGUGGUGCGUGCAAAACGCACGCUGCCACCACAAGGACGACAACUAUGGCGUGUGCGGCCUGCGGGACGACACACCGUCGCAGAUACCGGGCUGGUGGGGCCCGAAGGGCACGGAAAUCAUCAAGGUGGAGGAGUGCCGGGAGAUGGACAAGAGGCCGGGUCUGACGUUCCUCAAGUACAAGCCGCCGGUGAACUUCAGCCAGCCCGACUCGGUGACGAUAGUGAACGCUACCACGGUCGACUUCAACGUGCCGUCGAUGCAGGGCGCGAAGACCGAGUCGGCCCUAGGCGGCGAGAUGAUCGCCAGGCUGACCGGCUUCCUCAGGCCGCCUCAGCUCUGGGACAGCGCGCUCGAGCAUCUCAAGAUCUGCGUCAGUUACAACAGCGCGACGCUCCAUGUCUCGCGCAGCGAUGAUCCUAAUAAACUGGAACUGGUCGCCAAUCUGACCGCGGAGACGUCGCAGUGUAUACCGACCAAGUGGCCGGACGGUCAGCCGAUGGAGCUGCUGCCGGGCCGGUACCUCCUGGACUUCGAGUCGAAAAGGAUGGUGACUGCGAGCUACGCUUACGCGAGCAAGAUGGAGAUCACGCACAACAAGAGGAACAACGCGAACGACAACGCAAAGGUGUUCACGUUCGAGUACCUGGAGCCGUUUCAGAACGGCUCCUGCCACCAGUACGGCAACUGCCUGCACUGCCUGACCGACUCGUCGUGCGGCUGGUGCGACAUCACGAACCGAUGCCUGCCGCGCUCGGCCAACGAGACGGAGAGCUGCUCCGCGGACGUGGAGUGGGACGAGGCGAGCGGCAAGGCGAUACGCGAGUGGCACUACCUGACCAUCACGCCGUCGGCAUGCGCCAAUUGCUCCAACUACAUCUCCUGCGAGUCGUGCGUCGGCAGCAACCUCUGCGAGUGGUGGACCGAGGACGCGAGAUGCGCACGAAUCGGCCGGCUGCCGAACGCCGUGGUCAGCCUGGAGCAGUGCCCGAUCCCUUGCCGGCAGCGCUCGAACUGCACCCAGUGCCUGGAUGAGCGCGGCAGGUGCGUCUGGUGCGAGGCCACCCGUGAGUGCUUCUCCUUCUCCGUGUACACGUCCGAGUAUCAGUUCGGCCUGUGCCGGGAAUGGAUGGACCAGGCGGGUCUGAUGGGCGUCACCGCCCGCUCCUCGUCCCUGACCGGCAACGACCAGUGCAAGAGCUGCAGCCGGCACACCAACUGCUCCAGCUGCCUGCACUCGCUCAGCUGCGGCUGGUGCUACAGCCUGGAGAACCCCAUCACCGGCGUGUGCGUCCAGGGCGACUUCAACCAGCCCCACGUCAACUGCAGUUUCGUCAUCAACGAGUACCGCAACAGCAGCCUCAGGGCGGACGAGUCCAGCUGGGCGUACGCCCAGUGCCCGGACGUCGACGAGUGCGACCUCGGUUUGCACGACUGUCACCCGGACGCGCUUUGCACCAACACCCACGGCAGCUUCAGCUGCCAGUGCAAGCGCGGCUUCAACGGCGACGGCAAGGAGAACUGCACGAAGACCUGCUACGAGAGGUGCGUCAACGGUUACUGCAGCGAGGCGCCGGACUACAAGUGCGAGUGCAAUCUCGGCUGGACCGGGCCGGACUGCCGGACCAACUGCGGCUGUUAUAACCACUCCACUUGCCUGCAGGGGCCAGGUAUCUGCGACAGGUGUCAGGACUGGACGACCGGACAGUACUGCGAGACGUGCAAGGCGGGCAGCUACGGCAACGCGACGACACCGUUGGGCUGCCGCGAGUGUAACUGCAACGGUCACGGCGACGUGGAACUGGAUGUGUGCGACCGGCAGACCGGCGUGUGCUUCUGCCGCGACAACACCGAGGGUGACACGUGCCAGCGCUGCAAGCGAGGCUACUACGGCGACCCGCGGGACGGCGGUAUGUGCUACUACGGCUGCAUGUCGCGGGGCAUGCUGGGCGGCGUGGAGAACGGCAAGCAGGGCCUCGGCAGCCGGCAUUCGCAGUCCUCGCUGUGGGGCAACCACAUGGGCGACUCGCCGACGCGGGAGUGCCUCUGGAUCGUCAGCCCCGAGACCGAUCUCUCGUCGGACGCGACCACGCCCGCGGUCCAGAGCGUGAUCCAAUUCACGAUCCACGACGACAUCAACGUCAGCUGCCAGGAGAACAGCGUGUACGUGUACGACGGCCUGCCGGAGUUCGUCUCCUCGUCCGGCGGCCAUCAGAGUCAGCUGCUCGGCGUCUACUGCACGGAGAGCACCGACUACCCGGUGACGGUGGAGGCCAAGUCGGGUUUCCUGACGGUCCACUACAAGCAGCUGGACGAGGUGGAGGGCUUCAACGCGAGCUACGUGGUGAUGACGUGCGACAACUGUCCGGGUAAUCGCGAGUGCCGCAACGGCAAUUGCCUGUGCAGGCCCGGCUUCUUCGGCAUCGAGUGCGACGUGGAGAUCUGCCCCGACAACUGCACCGCCGCGAAGAAGCGCGGCGUCUGCGACAAGGGCUACGGCCGGUGCGUUUGCUCGCCGGGCUACGGCGGCCGUGACUGCUCCAUCCGGCUGGACGACCACCAGCUGAUCUUCACGGAGCUCUUCAACUCGGAAUACCUGGCCGACCAGUGGGACCAUCUCAGGAACACGCUGCCGCGCUUCGGCCACAGCCUGGUGGCCGAUCGUCGCGGCAGCCUCUGGAUGUUCGGCGGCUACUCGCUCAGCCACGGGCCGUUGAACGACAUCCGGCUGUUCGACACGAAGAACAACACGUGGAUACUGAUCACGGUGGACUCCACCUCGUCGGCGAUGUCGGCGAUGUCGAUGCCGCAGGGCCGUUACUUCCACGCCGCCGAGAUCGUGCACAGCCGGCAGCAGAUCUACGUGUACGGCGGGCUCUCGAUGAAGGACGAGGACGUGCAGGGCCUGUCGAACAACACCCUCAGCGACUUCUGGAAGUUCAGCCUGCAGAACCAGCGCUGGAGCCAGAUCCUGCAGGACGAGAGGAAGAAGGAGCCGCUACCCUCGGCCGGUCACACGCUCACCCUGCGCCGAGACGGCGAGUCGGAGACCCUGAUUCUGAUCGGCGGUUUCAGCCCCAAGUACGGAUACCUGGACACGGUGUGGGAGUUCAAUCUGGAAACCGAAACCUGGGACACAGUGGAGACCGUCGGGAACGGGCCACUCGGCGUUUACGGCCACUCCACCGUGUAUCACGGCAAGUCGGACAGCUUCUACGUCUUCGGUGGCUACACCUAUGCUAUAAACAGGACCUUCAUCUCGAACAAGUUGUACGCCCUGGAUUACAGGAGACGCACGUGGUCUGUGCUGCCGCCGUUCGACGACGAUUUCGUCUAUGGCAGCACUCUGCCUCAAGCCAGGUUCCUUCAUUCCGCGGUUACGACGGACGAGUACAUGGUGAUAUUCGGCGGCCGGCAGAAUCCUCACAACACCUCGGACUCUCUGAUCGCGUACAAGUACUCGUGUAACCUGUGGAUACGUUUAAUAACGAAGGACAUGGAAACGAUCGGCAGCCCGCCACCGCCGGCGUAUGCUCACGCGAUGACCCACGCCGAGCCAGAGUCGAACGCCGUUUACGUCGUCGGCGGCUUCGACGGUAGCAUCAAAAGCCACGUCACGUUGAUCAGCAUACCGGAGGACCUGUGCAAUCUCUGGACAGAUAAGAACACCUGCCGAAAGUACUUCGGCUGCUCGUUCUGCGCCGUCACCACCAUCACUGGUACCAACGCUUCCUUCUGCUUUUCGAACGAAGUGUCGAGCAACCGAGAUGAUAAGUGCGACUUGAACGUCACUCAAGCGCAACGGUCCAACGGAAUAUUCUGCAAUUCGGACUGGAUGGCGAGCAGGAAGUGUCAGAACUUCAAGACCUGCACGGAAUGCUUGGCGGAGUGGCCAUAUUACAAGGGCGACAAGCAGCCGGUGUGCAAAUGGUGCACCAACUGUCCGUACGGCAAGUGCAUCCCGUCGGAGAGGGAUUGCGACGAGCUGAAUAAGUGCAACGUCCGGCAGGUGUCGGUCUCUAACGUGAAUCAGUGCGGGGAACGACUGUGUCCAGCGAGCGACUGUGAAAAGUGCAACAGUCUUGGCGACUGCGUGUGGACGAGGCAGGUCCUGAAGACUUCUGAAUUAGGGGUGAAGGUAACGGGUGAGCCCGUCUACGACUGGAACUGCGUGCCGGACGAUAUCUUCGAACGAUCCAGCAUAAAAAUGAGCAGCACGCAGUGCGAACGAAGAUGCGCCGAUCACAAGGACUGCAGAAGCUGCCUGAAAGGUACCGGGGCCGAGGGAGGCUGGAGUGAAUGCAGAUGGUCUACUCAAUUGAACGAAUGCAUCUCUCCAUCGUACCAGCCACUCUACUGCGCCGGCGGCGUCUGCGGCUUGGUGUUGCGUAGCGCAGACAUGGACCAUUGCCCAGAACCGUGUUCAGUUUUCACGCAAUGCAGCACUUGCCUGAAGCAUUCGCAUUGCGGCUGGUGUUCCCUGGACUCCGCCAAUAUAACCGGUCAAGGAAUAUGCACAGAAGGCUCGCUCGAAGCACCGACCGAUCAUCCCGCUGGUGGCACCUGCGAAAUGCUCUAUCACCAACAAUUCCCGCAAACCGAGCCACCGAUUACCACAACGUUACAGCCACAUGUAGACCUUUCAGAGGAAGACAACGUUACGAUGUCACUGUCCAAUGCAAUAGUGAAGCCGGAGUUCUCGUGGCACUACGUGCGCUGCCCUCCAGAAAAUGAAUGCAUAAAUGGACAUCACACAUGUUCGCCGAACAGCGAGAAGUGUUUCGACCAGGAGGAGGGCUUCGAGUGCAAGUGCGGGGAUGGAUACAAGACCGAGACUACCUGGGUGAACGAAUUUGGAAGAAACAUUUGCGUGCCCACGUGCACGCAAGGCUGCGUGAGAGGCACGUGCGUGGAGCCGAAUGUGUGCCGCUGCGACUUCGGCUACGUCGGCGCCAACUGCUCGAUCCAGUGUCAGUGCAACGGCCACAGUAACUGUGCCGGUCCCGACAAACUCGACGUCUGCCUGGAAUGCCAUAAUAAUACGAUGGGCCCGCAAUGCGAGAAGUGCUUGCCUCUGUAUGUCGGCAAUCCCGCGGACAACGGCCAGUGCGUGCCGUGUCUCGAGUACUGCAACGGGCACACUCGGAUCUGCAUUAACGACAGCAUGACUGUGCCAGACCCCAAUGCGGUGGACAAAAUGUCGAUAGAGCUGCUGAAGAAGCAACUGGUGGAGGGGCCAGUGGCUAAAGCGAAGUGCGUUAACUGCGGGAACAACACGAAAGGCGACAAGUGCGGCGAAUGUGUGACCGGCUAUUUCCGGGGCACGGAGGAUCUACGAGACGUAUGUCGGCCCUGCGAGUGCCACGGCCACGGUUUCACCUGCGACCCUGUGACCGGCGAGAAGUGCAAUUGCGGCAACAACACGGAGAGUGAGUCGUCCUGCGUGAGCGGCCCCACGAAGGGCACCAACACCGGCGGCAUGCCGUGCUGGAUGGUCCAGUGCAGCAAAUGCAGGGAGAACUACGCCGGCACGCCGACGAUGGGCCAUCAGUGUUACAAGACCGUCACGGUGGACAACAAAAUGUGUUUCGACGGGAAAUUGAUAGACGAAUGUAAGAUGAAGCCGAAACCCUUGAACCCCGGCCACACCAUGUUCUUCAUGAUGCAGCCGCGUUUCAUGAACGUGGACAUCAGGGUCAUGGUGGAUGUUACUCAAGGCGCCUUGGAUUUGUUCUUGAGUCCUCGGGACGACUCUUUCGUCGUCACCUUGAACUCCUCGACUGGUUAUCAAGAUGUCGAGCUCGACAGCAGGUUCAGAAAGCGGCCGGACAAUCCGGAGACUUGGCUGGAGGAGGAGCACAACACCAGGACCCACGUGGUGGAGUUCCAUUCGCACGGCAGCUUCGGCGGCGCGAACGGCACGACCACGGAGCCCACGUGGAACACCGGGCCGCAGUUCUACGUGAUGGAGCACUACGCGGAGAAUCUGGCCACUUACCUGACGAUCGAGCGGCGCAACACGUUCUUGGUGAUACGCAAUCUAACGAACCGGCUGGUGCUGACGCUGCCGCAGGACAAGCACGAGCUCGGCCAGACGAAGUUCCACAUCGCCCUCCGGGCGAUCGACACUGCGAAUCUGGAGCUGAACGGCCGCGCCGCCUACGGUCUGAUCUUCUUCCGGCAGGAUCAGCUUCACAUCGACCUGUUCGUCUUUUUCUCUUGCUUCUUCUCCUGCUUCUUCUUGUUCCUGGCGGCCUGUGUGGUCGCGUGGAAGACGAAGCAGGCGGCGGACGUGCGGCGCGCCCGGCGUCGCCACGUGGUCGAGAUGCUGCACAUGGCGAAGCGGCCGUUUGCAUCCGCUACGAUACUCUACGACCGGGACGGCGGCGAGUGCAGCCCGAGCUCGCCGCAGCGCAAGGGCCGGCGCGGCAAAUACGUCAACUUUCACAGCGACGUGCGCCCGGUCGCCGUCGAGCCGACCGACGACGGCGUCGCGGCCGUGGCGACGGUGUUCAUCAGGCUACCGGGAGGCCGCCAAGCGCCCGUCAAGCUGGCUCUCGGCAGCUCACUCAUACUGUUAACCCGUGUCUACCCGGUCAAUAGCAGGGUGUUCCUAAGACGUAGAAACAGCCACGCGUUGAACUGAGUCCGUGUCACCGCGGUGGAACCGGUCUCGAGCUCCGCGCCUCGUCCAGCGUCGAACGCGACGGGGCUCGCCGAUCUUUGACUCGUAGACUCGUUCAUCUCGGCACGUAGUCACAGUAGAGAGCCUAGAUUCGCCGUGCCUGGUGAUCAGCAGCGUUCCGACUUAACGGACGAGAUGAGAAAGAAUGGACGUACACGUUAUUAUGGUCGUCGGUGCGAUCGGCGCGAUUUUUUCUCGAGCGUCUCGCGUGUGAUUCGAUGUGCCGUCUCGUCUCCAUCUGGAUUCAUUUCUCCUCUCUCCAUCUUCCCUUCUUUGUUGAUCCAGGACUGCCACAGACCAGCUCCCUGUUCUGUAAUUUUUUUAACGUGUGCGUUAAACCUUCUUUUACAUGGUCAAAUGCAUUUAAAACUCGCGUAUCUUGCAUUCCUUGUGUGUUGGGCCGUGGUACGUGGAAAAACAGUAAGAAAAGUGGCGGGUCACACUCGAUUAUUUCUCGACCGUAAGGAAAAUAAUCGAGUGUGAUUGGUCAGUGUUGUCUUUCAGCGUUUUUAUUCAAUCGCCCUUUUCCGUCCUAACUGCAUUCCUUUUCCCAAUACUCAUUUAUUUUGUAUUGGCCUGAAUUUGCAUUCAGGAUUGCAUCGCGUGACACUAAACUUCUUAGUUUGCGUUGCUUCUGACGAUCUACCUUUCCCGCGAUCCCCGCUUCUAAACGUUACAAUUUAACAUCACAUAUCGUCGUCUGGAAGGCAUGGAUACGUCGGGGAAUUUCAAAAUUCAAUUUCCGUAGCAACUCUGUGACCUCGCAUCACACGCGUACCAGUCGGCGAGACAGGCGUCGAUUCCUCUGGACGAUGCCGACUUCGCAAAACGCGGCCGUUUAAGGUAGGCGUACACUGAGGAUGAACGAACUACGAACGAACCCUGUUAGAAUUGUGUAAUACGAAUGUGUACAUAUGCGUCUGAACGCGCGCACGAGAACUUUCUUUGAUAAGUCACCGAGCGAAUCGGCCCGGAACGGCUUCCCGCUUGGAUUCGUUGCGGCGCACACAUUGUCCAACAUUGUAACAACGAAAGUUUGCAUUCGCUGCUCGGUCCCGCGUCCGUUCGCUCAGUAUAUUUAGCCCGAAGCUAAAGAGUUUAUCUAAGAUCUUGUGUCGAAUGUUUCGAGAAUCUCCGUGAUGAAGGAUCUACGUCGGAAUCAUGACCGGGUCAUGGUAGAGUCCAAUGGCGGUUUCGAUAACUCGCCGCCGCACCGAUUUAGUGCACUAAAGACAUCGGAGACUGCUGUAUGUGAAAUAUCUAAAUGCAGUGGUGCGAUAGAAGCAUUUGGACCAUGUGAUAAUUAACGUAUAUCCUUGUAUACUCGGUAUUUAAUUAAUUGAAUUAUUUCUACACCUUUGCGUUUAAGUGACAGCUUCGUGUAUAGCAGACUUCAACAACCGUGCAUCAAUUUGGUGUGACGCGGGUGAUUCGAAUUCGCUGAAAGAUAUCUAAAUAUAGGAGAAUCCACGAGAGAGAGAGAUCCUCUACGGAGAUCCAGACGACGAGUACGACGGAUGUCCGGGGAUAAUCCGCGGAUCCGUGCGCGCAACGAUCCGCGGGACCUCGCGAGGAUCUCGCGUCGUGGAUUCGCGAAUCGAGCGAAUUAAUCGUUUCGUCUGUUUUUUCUUUAUAUAUAUAUAUAUUUUUUUUUUUUUUUUUUUUUUUUUNUAGAGCUCUAAUGUACAAUAGACGCGACGUGAGAGGAGCGAACAUGAGAAAUUAUUUAAUCUAAAUAUAUAAUAUAAUAUAUUGUA